AUGUCCCAUCAGGCACAGAUGCUGGAAGUCGGGUCGGUGGGAAUGGCAGGAGCAGGAGGGAAUGGGACUCAGGAGGAUGUGACAUUGUUCAUGCAUUAUGAGAAGCCCAUGGUGCGAGCGGCAGCCAUGGCAAAGGCAGUGAGAGAAGCAGCAGCAUUCUUUUGUCUCAUAUCACAUGCUUCUCAUUCUGCUGUCCAUGCACUUCCCCUUCUGAUCCCCCAGCCCACAGGAGCGGCAGCCAUGGCAAAGGCAGUGAGAGAAGCAGCAGCAUCCAUCCAACGGAAUCCCCAAGUGGAAGGAGAAGGAGAAACUGCAUCAGCAGCGGAAGCAGAGGAGGGGCAGGAGAGUGCUGGUGUGCGUGUGGAGGAAGCAAGCGAGGAGACUCCAGGUUUUCCGCCCUCCUCCUUGCUCGCUAUGUCAGCUGAGGUGAGUGAAACAGUGAUUGAGUGGUCUCCCGCCCUCCUCCUUGCUCGCUAUGGCACUGAGUGGUUUGAAGAAACUGGAAAUAAAGAGGAGGGGCAGGAGAGUGCUGGUGUGCGUGUGGAGGAAGCAAGCGAGGAGACUCCAGGUUUUCCGCCCUCCUCACUGCUUGCAAUGUCGGCUGAGGCCUCUCUGCCCUUCAUCUCUCCGACUUCAACCGACACGUCUCCAACCCCCGCCCCAACAGUCACCUCGACACCCUCCCCUCCAUCCCAGCCCACUUUUUCCCCUAUUCCUCCUCCCCCCCUCCCCCCCUUAUCCCAUACUGUUGCCUCCCUUCCCCAGCAUCCAGGUCUUGCUGCUCUCCAUCUCUCCGACUUCAACCAACAAGUCUCCAACCCCUACCUCAACAGCCAUCUCGACACCCUCCCCACCACCAUCCAUCCACCUCCUUUUCCUCCUUCUUUGCCACAUGCAGGCCUCUCUGCUCUUCAUCUCUCCGACUUCAACCAACACAUCUCCAACCCCUACCUAAACAGCCACCUUGACACCCUCCCCUCCGUCCACCUUCUCUCCCUCACUCUCUCCUCCACCCUCCUCGCCCGCUCCCUCCUCCUCCUCUCCGGAGCCCCUCCCUCACUCGCCCUCCGAGCAUCAGUUAACGCCUCCCUCAUAUCCAACCUCGUUCUCUGCCUCCUCUCCCCCUCACCAGGCCUCCUCUGCCCUCUCGCCUCUUCCCUCCUCACUCCACGCGACCCUGCCCCUAGUCACUAUGCUGGGGUCUUUUUAGGGGUGCCUCCGUCCAUCUCUCCCUCCUCCUCCUCCCCUCCCUCGUCCGCCGCCUCCUCUCCUCCUCUCGAUACCCUUGCUGAUACUCCCCGGUACAUUCCGGCUCUUUCCCCUCGCCUAGUCUUCAACAACACGCAUUGGAGCAUCGUCCCUCCCCGGCCGGGCAGCCAUGGGGAUCUGGUGGAUCCUGUGUGGACCGAGAGCUUUUGGCAGCACCUGAAGCUGAGGAGUUACCUGGUGGAUGAUCCGAUAUGGGAUGCUUCGAUAUUGUUUGGAGGAGUGGUGUGGGUGGUGGUGUUGUGCGUGCUCGUCACCUGGGCUGAUAAAGCUGUUACGCAGAAGCUGAAGCGGGUAUAG